ACUCAUGUCCAACAUCAUCCAGCUGCUGACUGGAGAGGAGUGGGACUAUAUAAAAGGAAACAAGGACCUUUACAGGGAAGCGAUAAAGGAGGAGCCCAGGCAGCUCCACCCAGUGGCAGCCUGUGAAUAUAAAGAUGAGAUCAAUGGUACAGCACAUAUGGAAGGAAAAGUAUGCUGUAAUAAUUAUGGAAAUCUAACAAACCCUGAAAUUUCUCCAGUGGAACUGCCCCUACCAGCCAAUGGUGUUAAAGAGGAGGCUACUUCAUGUGAUGAUGGAGACCAAUCAGAUUGCAGCAUUAAUCCACUUACAGAACAGAUACAGGGAACAAAUGCACCUACUCCUAUCAUGGGAUGCAGCCUGAAUAACAGUUUAUCAGAUAAUUAUGUAUUAAAUGGAAUGAAAGAGGAACCAGACUCAUGUGAAGAAAGGACAGAAUUUAGAGAGGAAACAGAGUUAUUUGCAGUUAUGGGAUGCAAGCAAAGUAAAAACACAUUGGCUAAUUGUAUAUCAGUUGAUAUUAAAGAGGAAGUGGCUUCAUGUGAAGGAGGAAACCAAUCAGAUUGCAGCAUUAAUCCACUUGAAGAACAGAUACAGGGAACAGAUACACCUACUCCUGUUAUGGGAUGCAGCCUGAUUAGCAUCCCAUGUAAUACAUAUGAAAAUGUGGAUACAUUCCCACAUAAAUCUCAAAUAACCCACACAGGAGAUAAACCAUUUUCCUGUUCUGAAUGUGGGAAAUGUUUUGCCACGUCAUCGAAACUUACUAGGCAUAAUAGAACUCACACAGGGGAGAAACCAUUUUCUUGUUCUGAAUGGGAAAAAUGCUUUAUUAAAUUAUCAGAACUUACUGUCCAACAGAGGACUCACAUAGGAGAAAAAACAUAUUGUUGCUCUGAAUGUGGGAAAUGUUUUGUCUCUUCAUCACACCUUCGUGUCCAUCAGAAAAUCCACACUGGAGAGAAACCCUUUUCCUGCUCAGAAUGUGGGAAAUGUUUUUUAAAUCGAGCGACACUUGUCCGACAUCACAGAACUCACACAGGGGAGAAACCAUUCUUUUGUUCUGAGUGUGGGAAAUGUUUUGCUGCUUCAUCAGACCUUCGUGUCCAUCAGAGAACCCACACAGGAGAGAAACCUUUUUCCUGUUCAGAAUGUGAGAAACGUUUUUUAAAUCCGAGGUCACUUGUCCGUCAUUACAGAACCCACACAGGGGAGAAACCAUUCUCUUGUUCAGAGUGUGGGAAAUGUUUUGCCAGAUCAUCAGACCUUACUGUCCAUCGCAGACGAUCCCACACAAAGGAGAAACCAUUUUCCUGUUCUGAAUGUGGGAAAUGUUUUACUAGCUCAUCAGAACUUACUGUCCAUUUGAGAACUCACACAGGAGUGAAAAAGUUUUCCUGUUCUGAAUGUGGGAAAUGUUUUUCUCAAUCAUCAGAUCUUCCUAUCCAUCUGAGAAUUCACACAGGGGAGAAAUCAAUUUCUUGUUCUGAAUGUGGGAAAUGCUUUAUUAAAUCAUCAGAACUUACUGUCCAUCAAAUGACUCACAUAGGAGAAAAAACAUAUUCUUGCUCUGAAUGUGGGAAAUGUUUUGCCUCUUUGUCACACCUUCGUGUCCAUCAGAAAAUCCACACAGGAGAGAAACCUUUUUCCUGCUCAGAAUGUGGGAAAUGUUUUUUAAAUCGAGGGUCACUUGUCCGACAUCACAGAACUCACACAGGGGAGAAACCAUUCUUUUGUUCUGAGUGUGGGAAACGUUUUGCUGCUUCAUCAGACCUUCGUGUCCAUCGGAGAACCCACACAGGAGAGAAACCUUUUUCCUGCUCAGAAUGCGAGAAACGUUUUUUAAAUCCGUGGUCACUUGUCCGUCAUUACAGAACCCACACAGGGGAGAAACCAUUCUCUUGUUCAGAGUGUGGGAAAUGUUUUGCCAGAUCAUCAGACCUUACUGUCCAUCGCAGACGAUCCCACACAAAGGAGAAACCAUUUUCCUGUUCUGAAUGUGGGAAAUGUUUUACUAGCUCAUCAGAACUUACUGUCCAUUUGAGAACUCACACAAGAGUGAAAAAGUUUUCCCUGUUCUGAAUGUGGGAAAUUGUUUUCAGACCGACGUAGUCUUGAUUACAUCACAGAAACCACACAGGAGAGAAACCAUUCUCUUGCUCUGAGUGUGGGAAAUGCUUUGCCACUACUGCAUACUUCAUUGUCCAUCAACAAACCCACACAGGAGAGAAACCAUUCUCUUGUUCUGAAUGUGACAAAUGUUUUAGACAUCAAUCAAGCCUUAUGGUACAUGAAAGAACCCACACAAGAGAGAAACUAUUUUCUUGUUUUGAGUGUGGAAAAUGUUUUGCCUCUUCAUCACGCCUUACUGUUCAUCAGAGAACUCACACAGGAGAGAAACCAUUUUCCUAUUCUGAAUGUGGGAAAUAUUUUGCCAGCGCAUCAGAAUUUAGUGUCCAUCAACGACAAACUCGUAUAGAGUAGAAACCCUUUUAUUGUUAUGAAUGUGCAAAAAGUUUGACUAUUUUAACUGUAACUGGCCAAUGGAGAACUCAGGAGAAACCUUUUUUUUCUGUUCUGAAUGUAGGAAAUCUUUUACCAGCUCAUCAGUACUUACUAUUCAUCAAAUGAAUCCAAAAAGGGGUGAAACCUUUUUCUUGUUCUGAAUGUGGGAAGUGUUUUACUAAAACAGAACUUACUGUCCAUCAACACUAAACCCAUAUGGGAAGAAAACCUUUUCCUGCUUUUUUUUUUUUUUUAAUUUUUUAACAUAACCUCAAUCAAUUCACUGGUGGAAAUC